UUGGUCCGGGGCAGUCUCUCGGUCUCUCUGCCUUUGCAUCCUCUCUGACUGGGGGCUCUUCGGGUUACGACUCUGUAAGUCUCCGGAUCCAAGUCUAAGUCCAUCGGCCUGCCUCUCCCCAGCAUUUAUCUGGCGUCUGCCACUAGCUCCCGAUCCCGCCUCGGUAUCCCCCAGCCCAGCCCCCACCCUCGGCCCCCGGCCUCGCCGACCAGACCGGCUUUGUUUCCUGUGUCUCGGCGCCCCGCCCCCGCCCCGUCUGGGGUCUCCGCCGCCCUCUGCCGCCCUUUGUCUGCCUUGGUCUUUCCCCCACCCCUUUCCCUGGGUCUGUCUUUGGCUGUCUCUUUGUUUCUCCAGGCUGGGGUGGCUGGAGCUGUUUGCUACCUCUGAAGGUCGGCGCGGGUGGCCGGACACAGCGACAAUUAGGAAGUCUUCGGCCCUCCGCAUCCAGCUCCAGCCCAGGAAACACACGGGCGGCGUGCCGGCGAUGGAGCGCGCGGUGGGGCCCUGGGGUCCGGAUCUCCGUGGCUCAGAGGAGAGAGAGCAGCUGAGAGGCGCCCGCACAGGUCUAGGGAGUGAGCAUGCGGAGAUUUCUCAGCCAGAAGAGUUUGAACAUGCCCCACAGGAGGAUGACUUGGAGUUCAAGGAAGAGGAAGAUUUGGCCCCAGGUCAUGAAGUAGGAAAUGCCUCUCUCAAACCUGAAGGCAUUCAGACCUGGGAUGACCUGUGGGUCCAGAGGGAGGGGCCUGGAAAACCUCAGGCUCGGGACAGAGGCCCUCGGCUCCUAGGAGAACCACGCUGGGGCCAGGCUAGUGAUCGGGCUGCUGUAUGUGGCGAGUGUGGCAAGAGCUUUCGGCAGAUGUCAGAUCUGGUGAAACACCAGCGAACCCACACCGGGGAGAAGCCCUACAAGUGCGGGGUCUGUGGCAAGGGCUUUGGGGACAGCUCUGCCCGGAUCAAACACCAACGAACUCAUAGUGGUGAAAAGCCCUACAGAGCCCGGGCGCCAGCCCAGGGGCCCCCAAAGAUUCCUCGGUCCAGGAUCCCAGCUGGCGAGCGCCCCACUAUCUGCGGUGAAUGUGGCAAGAGCUUCCGGCAGAGUUCGGACCUGGUGAAACACCAGCGGACACACACGGGCGAGAAGCCGUACAAGUGUGGCAUCUGUGGCAAGGGCUUUGGCGACAGUUCUGCCCGCAUAAAGCACCAGCGGACACACCGAGGGGAGCAGCCCCCCCGGCCCGUGGUGCCCCGGCGGCAGCCAUCUCGAGCUGCCACGGCAGCCGCCCAGGGACCUAAGGCCCAGGACAAGCCAUACAUCUGCACCGAUUGUGGCAAAAGAUUUGUGCUCAGCUGCAGCCUCCUGAGCCACCAGCGCAGUCACCUGGGGCCCAAGCCCUUCGGCUGCGAUGUGUGUGGAAAGGAGUUUGCCCGGGGCUCAGAUCUGGUGAAGCACCUGCGAGUGCACACGGGAGAGAAGCCCUACCUCUGCCCCGAGUGUGGCAAGGGCUUCGCUGACAGCUCUGCGCGGGUCAAGCACCUCCGCACCCACAGUGGCGAAAGGCCUCACGCCUGUCCCGAGUGUGACCGUACCUUCAGCCUCAGCUCCACCCUCCUCCGCCACCGCCUCACUCACAUGGAGCCCCAGGACUUCAGCUUCCCAGGCUACCCUCUGGCCCCCCUGAUCCCCAGCCCACCCCCCAGCUCCAGCCCGCCCCCACCUCCUCUAGGCACCAGCCCCCCGCUGACGCCUCGAAGCCCUUCACACUCAGGGGAUGGCCCUUUUGGCCUGCCUGGCUUGGAGCCGGAGCCCGGGGGCCCACAGGCUGGAGAGCCACCACCACCACUGGCGGGUGACAAGCCCCACAAAUGCCCUGAGUGUGGCAAGGGCUUCCGCCGGAGCUCGGACCUGGUGAAACACCAUCGUGUACACACGGGGGAAAAACCCUACCUCUGCCCAGAAUGCGGCAAAGGUUUUGCCGACAGCUCAGCCCGAGUCAAGCACCUCCGCACCCAUCGUGGGGAACGGGCUAGGCCACCACCACCAUCCACUCUCCUGAGGCCACAUAACCCCCCUGGCCCAGCACCCACUGCCCCUCGAUCACGAGUCCGGGCUCAGCCCUCUGGACCCAGCCAGCCCCAUGUGUGCGGCUUCUGUGGGAAGGAGUUUCCCCGGAGCUCAGACCUGGUCAAACACAGGCGCACACACACUGGGGAGAAGCCAUACAAGUGUGCAGAGUGUGGCAAGGGCUUUGGUGACAGUUCUGCCCGUAUCAAGCACCAGCGUGGGCACCUGAUCCUGAGGCCCUUUGGGACAGGAGAUGGUCGGGCAAGGCCCCUCAAAGAGGAGCCACCAACGGGACUGGAAUGAUGGGGUCCAGGGAGGGUAGAGGCCCAAGAGACCAAAGGGAGGGUAUCUGCUGCUUAAGCAGAGAAGAAAGGGCCUGGGAGGUGGUGGGAGGGAGAAGGAAGGGAAGAAACAAAGGGGAGAAAGGAGUGAAUAGAUAGAAAUAGAGAUUUGGAGACAAACGAACUUGAAGCUCAGGAAACAGUCCUGGCUGGGCUGGGUCAGGACCUUGCCAGUUUGGUUUAUACCCCCAGCUUCUAGAACACUGCCUGGAAUACAAUAGGCAAUAAAUACUUGUUGAUAAACUAGCGUUAGCCUGAGGGCCCUUAAAGAAUUCUAAAUUCCUACUGCCUCUUAACCUGUAAAUUGACCCCUCCCGACCUUGCCUUCCCCCCGACCACCCAGACCAGCAUCCUGAACCAGGUUUGUUAGACCUAGGAGCAGUGAGACUUCUGAGGUUAAGGGUGAGAGUGAGGCAGGGCCAUCUUGACCAUCUGCUGAUGGGGAGAGUACUGUUGGUAGGCAGGCAGUACCCAGCCUCGGGCCACUGGACAUGGUCGGAGCCAGGAAGAGGACACUUGGAGUGAGUCCAGACCCAACUGCCCUGACCACCUGGACACAACAGAAUAGGAGAGAGACAGCGAAAUGAGCACUCAUUUGCUCUGGAUGCCAAGCCCAGGUCCUGGUGGACGGCAGCAGAGACACAUUGGCUGGGAGAAGGGCAGUAUAGGAGUGAGGAAAGGCCAGGGAAGUGCCAAGGCCGAACAGCCACAUCUCCAUAUGUCUUCUCGCCAAUAAACUGCUUCUUACCUGA